GAAACACGAGAUAAGAUUACACUUGUUUUUAAUCAGGUGCAGGUAAAAGAUAAGAGUCAUUCAUUUUUGAAGUGUUAAACAAGACAGACUUCAACAUGCCCGCUCUCAGAUGGCUUCACCGAAAUGCAGCACAAGGUGUACCACAUGCAGCAGUUAGUGGAGGUCGCGACAGCGAUGGAUGUACCAUCUACGUCGGCAGAGCCUUCCAUGCAGGUGAUAUGCUGCCGGCUAAAGUGAUCCCCGACAAAAAUGUAGCCUAUGUGUGCCACAAUGGCGAGGAACAUGCCAAACACGAUUACGAAGUAUUGUGCCAAGGUGAAUUCGCAUGGGAGUUCUGCAGCAACGGAAGCGUACCAAGCGAUGCGGUAGUCGGAGGACAAACCUGCGAUGGAGAACGUUUGUAUGUUGGCCGUGUUCUCCAUAAUGGAUCCCAAACUGUUGGCAAGAUUCAACCAAGUCACGGAUGCCUAUACAUCCCCUACGACGGCGAAGAAUUAUCCUUCAAAGACUACGAGGUCCUCGUAAUUCACUAAAACUGUUCAUCAAACAUUUUCAUUAUAUUACACUAACGCAUUUAUUAAUACAUGACUCUUACUUAUCCUGUAAUUGCUUUCUUAUAAACUCGUCUACACUUUAAUGACACAGGAAAAUAAAAUGCUUCCUUUUCU